AUGGCUGAGGGUGAGUGUGCUGAGGUCCAGCCUGGAGCAGAGACAGUAGGGGCAGAAGUGGAGUGGGACCAUGGGGGGGAAUGGUGUAGGGGAUGGCAAGGUUAUAGGGAGUGUUGUAGUGAGGUGCAGGAGUGCAGGGUUGGGAUUCUGGGAUAUGACACACCCAGACCACAGUGCAGUAUUGGCACUGUCACCACUACCCUUCCUUCCCUCUUUCUGACCCAAUUCAGAUACUUCCCCCAGGUCCCUACUCUCUCACCUGGGCAACUUUUCUGCCCAGUUACAAUGUGCUUUGGAGCAUCAAUCAAAUUGGGAAUGAGUGCAGGCGAAGUGCAAAAAAAUCUGCCGGUUUCGAUUUUGAUGGAAGCGAUCUGGGGUGGAGUCACCCACUACCAGAAUCAGGAUUUGAAUGGAAACCCCAAUGGCACUGUAGAACUCCCCCUAAAUGUGGAUCGAGAGGGCAACAUCGAGCGCCCAGUAUCCAUGCAGUGA